GUGAACGGGGUGUGCGUGGAGGGCAAGCAGCACGCUGAUGUGGUGGCCGCCAUCAAGGCGGGCGGCGACGAGACCAGGCUGCUGGUGGUGGAUGUCCUCACGGAUGAGUUCUUCAAGAAGUGCAAGGUGGUGCCCUCGGAGGAGCACCUGACAGGUCCCUUGCCAGAACCAGUUGCCAAUGGUGAUAUAGGGAAGGAAAAUGGUGGAGAGCCACGGUCCAACUCGGUGUCAGAGAGCCCGUCCAGCCCCAGGCCACUGGCCGUGUCCCCCAGCUCUGGCGAGAGCCACAGCGAGUCCGGCUCCCUCCUGGACCUGGACAUCCCGCUGGCAGUGGCCAAGGAGCGGGCGCACCAGAAGCGCACCAGCAAGCGGGCACCCCAGAUGGACUGGAGCAAGAAAAAUGAACUGUUCAGCAAUCUGUGA